CCAAACAAACCAUUCUUUCUCCAAAGCCAAGCCUUUCCCGCUAGGCCAUUGACACAAACAAUACAUCUUCAGUUACAAACCCGCACCGCCGGAGAAAGAGAGAGAAAAUGAAGUACGUAUUGGUUACGGGAGGAGUGGUGAGUGGGCUGGGCAAAGGCGUCACUGCCAGCAGCAUAGGCGUCGUCCUCAAAGCCUGCGGACUUCGCGUUACUUCCAUCAAAAUUGAUCCUUACUUGAACACUGAUGCUGGUACCAUGUCUCCCUUUGAACAUGGGGAGGUUUUUGUUCUUGACGAUGGUGGAGAGGUUGAUUUGGACCUGGGAAAUUAUGAGCGAUUCCUAGAUGUAACGCUUACAAGAGAUAACAACAUUACUACGGGAAAGAUAUAUCAGUCUGUCCUUGAGAAGGAACGGCGAGGUGAUUACCUUGGGAAGACUGUUCAGGUGGUACCACACAUCACAGAUGCCAUUAAGAAUUGGAUUGAAGCAGUUGCUGUCAUUCCUGUCGAUGGACAAGAAGGUCCAGCAGAUGUUUGUGUGAUAGAGUUGGGAGGGACUGUAGGUGACAUCGAAUCAAUGCCAUUCAUUGAGGCUCUGCGACAAUUGUCCUUUUCAGUUGGCCACGAUAACUUCUGUCUUGUUCAUGUGAGCUUGAUACCAGUACUGGGCGUUGUUGGAGAACAAAAAACGAAACCGACGCAACAUAGUGUCCGGGAACUUAGAGCACUAGGUUUGACUCCUCACCUUUUAGCAUGUCGCUCUGCUCAGCCUUUGUUGGAGAGUACAAAGGAGAAACUUUCACAGUUUUGCCAUGUUCCUGCUGGUAAUAUUCUCAAUAUCCAUGAUGUUCCAAACAUUUGGCAUGUCCCUCUCUUACUUAAGAACCAAAAUGCUCAUCACUCAAUUCUAAAGCAGCUAAACUUACUCGACCUGGCUGCACCUCCUGCUUUACAAGACUGGACCAGGAUGGCUGAGACAUUUGACAAUCUCACCGAAUCUGUGAGGAUUGCAUUGGUUGGGAAAUAUGUUAACCUAGCAGAUUCAUAUCUUUCUGUUGUGAAGGCCCUUUUGCAUGCCUGCAUCGCGUGUUCUUUGAAGCCAUCGAUUGAUUGGAUUGCAGCUUCUGACCUUGAAGAGGAUAGUGCUAAAUUGACACCAGGAGCACAUGCUACUGCAUGGGAGACUUUGAGGAAUGCUGCAUGUGUCUUGGUUCCCGGUGGAUUCGGAGAUCGUGGUGUUAGAGGUAUGAUAUUGGCUGCAAAGUAUGCUAGAGAGAAUAGUGUUCCCUUUCUUGGGAUUUGCUUGGGCAUGCAGAUUUCUGUCAUUGAGUUUGCUAGAUCUGUUUUGGGUUUGGAAAGUGCAAACAGCACAGAGUUCGAUGAUCAGACACCAAAUCCAGUUGUAAUUUUCAUGCCUGAGGGUUCAAGAACUCAUAUGGGAAGCACAAUGAGACUUGGAUCUCGAAGAACACUAUUCCAGACCCCUGAUUGUAUUACUUCAAAACUGUACCACAAUUCAGAGUAUGUGGAGGAACGGCAUCGGCACAGAUAUGAGGUGAACCCUGAAGUUAUUGGAACUCUAGAAGAAGCUGGCCUCAAAUUUGUUGGGAAAGAUGAUAGUGGAAGGCGGAUGGAGAUUUUAGAGCUUCCACAUCAUCCCUUCUAUGUAGGAGUACAAUUUCAUCCAGAAUUCAAAUCACGGCCUGCGAGGCCAUCAGCUCUAUUUUUAGGUCUUAUAUUGGCCGCAAGGGGACAGUUAGAAGCAUAUCUGGACAGGCAUCAAAAUGGAACUUGAUUUGCAGCUUGUCCCACUCUUCUUAUCUUCCAGAUCAUUCUUUCAAGGAAAAGGAAUUGAUGCUUUCUGGCGGAUUAUCAUGAAGGUUUCCAAACUGAGUAAUGUUACAUACAGUCAUGGAGUGCGCCAGCGCCGUGCAGUCAUUUUGAAAAAGAGUGGGUCUCUAUUUAUUCACUUUUUUCAAAGUGAUUGCGUGACGCUUGCACACUCACAAUUGCAACUAUCAUUUUUCUUCCAAACUGGACGCCCGAUACGAUUUCCUGCUGCAUUUUGAAGUUUUGUUUUCCUCAGUUCAAGGCAUUGCAUAGCAACAAAAUAUGCAAAGCCAUUUGCUGUACGAUGGCAACGAUGAUUGCUUGUCAACAUUGAGUUUUUACGAAAGCCAAACAUAGUUAUCAUGUUACUUUUCGGUUUUAGACUACUUCUCUCACUGUUUAAUGGCCAGUAACAGGCCCUUUUGAUUGACAAGACCAAGUAGGACUCAGAUGUUUAAUUCAAAACUUUUCCUGUAGGAGCUCUUAUAUCUCAUUGUGCAAUGUAUGAUCUUCCAGGAUUUGAAAACUGUUGACAAUAGAGAUCUCUGGAUGUAUGAAAGUAUAUCUAUAAUGGGACUUUGUGGCAUAGUAUGAGCAACAUGAGUUUAUGCAAUUGUA